GUUUCCUUUUAGAUUUAUCAAGACCUCGUAACACAUUAUCCUUCCUUGACUCAACGAUACACUCAAUGGAUUUUCCUAUUGUUCCAGUCCCAUCUGCAUCUGAAUCCAUUCGGUCCAAACUUGUUUCCCUCGGCCGCAUCAAGCCAGCCACGUGUUAGCUGGUUGUACCCUAUAUCCAAUGUGGUCUCAUACUAGGUGCUUGUAAUAACGUCAUUCAAACGCCUUUGAAGUGUUUGUUUCCAUUACUCCCCCUAGCUCUGUUAGUACUUACGUACUCAUUAGACACGGAAGCCCUCAGGAUCUUCGCCCCAGACGCAUAGUACAGUCCCGCAUUGCGAGUUCCUCACCCUCCGCAACAAUGGGUGUUCCACCAGGGGACGCAACUAAGGGAAAGAAGAUAUUCGUACAACGGUGCUCCCAGUGUCAUACUGUCGAAAAAGGCGGAGUUCAUAAAACCGGUCCUAAUCUCCAUGGCAUUAUCGGAAGAAAAACUGGUCAAGCUCCAGGGUUCAGUUACACAGCGGCGAAUAAGGAGAAAGGUAUAACUUGGACAGAAGACACCCUCUUCGAAUAUCUUGAAAACCCAAAGAAGUACAUUCCCGGUACCAAGAUGGUAUUCGCUGGAUUAAAGAAGGAGGAUGACCGCGCCAAUUUGAUUGCUUAUCUGAAGGAAGCUACUAAGUGAUAGCUUCCACUGUUUUCCUGAUAGUUUCGUUAAACCGCAUUUUAGCCUCACUCCUGUCAAAUACCAUUCUUUCCUUCUUGAACCACCUCGUUUACCAAACCGGAGCUGUGUAUAGUUUACCUUAG